GUGUAUAGCAUAUGUGUGGUGUGUAGAGCACCAGCACCCUCUACGGUAUUGUCACGUACCAGGCAGCAGAUUGCCUGCCCAGUCUCAGCAGUGACACCUACGGACCCUACACCAGUCCACAGAGAGUGCUCAUGAUGCUGGAUAAAAUCGGAAUGGAGUUUGUUGGUGGGAAAGGAGAGUCUCAUGCUAAUAUUGCGGAAGGCCUGGCCACCGCGCUGCUGUGCUUUGAGGAUCUCCAGCCCAAGCGGGAUGCCAACGCAGUGCCUCAGAAACACUGCAUCCUGGUCUGUAACUCCCCACCGUACAUGAUGCCGGUCAGGGAGACACCCGCCUUUGAUGGGCACAAUGUGGAGCAGCUGGCUUCAGUACUUAGCGAGAGGAACAUCCAUCUGUCCAUUUUGUCCCCUCGUAAGAUUCCAGCACUGUUCAAGUUGUACGAGAAGGCAGGUGGUGAUUUGCCCAGUCAGACCAAGAACUAUGCCAAGGAUCCUCGCCAUCUGGUACUACUCAAAGGAUACAGUCUGAAGGAGAGACCUGUCAGCCCUGGUCCAGGCCCCACUGCCCCUCACCCCUCCACCUUGCCCAUCCCCUCCAUGUCCUCACCUCUGCCCUCCACUAACAGCCCUCUGUCAGCACCGGCCCAGCAGCCUCAGCCCAUCUUCAAGCCCACACAAGCCACACCUCAGGUUCUGAUGGGGACACAGCAGCAGGCCCCGACACAGGCCCAGGCACAGACCCCCGCCCAGACCCCCACAGCUCCACAGACGGUCCAACAGCCCCGUGGAGCUGCUCCGUUCACUCCUGGCUAUCACCCCAACAUGAUGCAGCAGAACCGCCCCCGCUGGCCCAUGAUGCCCCCACAGAACCGAGCUCCGUACCCCAAUACGAGCUCACAAGGCAGUGUUGGAGCUCCUACACUCAUAGCCCAGCUCACACAACCUCCCACCGCCAUGGUUAACCCUCAAUUCUCCAGUUAGUAUACAUAUUUAUUAUUUA